GUAAUCUUAUCUCCCACAAAUCAGAAGGACAUUUAUUAUGUUAAUGUGGUUAAGUUGCACAACCUAGUUCCUGCCAAAAAGCUUUUAAAUUACAUUAUGGUGUGUGCUUUUUGUUUUGCAGAACUGUUACUUAGCUGAUUUACAUUGGAGGGCGAAUGCCAGAAUCUACUAAAGCUGAUCUCAGAACUGUUCUAGGGGAGCACUAUAGACUUCAGUGUGUCUACCUUGGAAUAAUGGGAUUGUACUUUGCAACAUAUAUAUAUAUUCUUUUCUUAACUAAAAAUAAAUAAAUAUUUCCUUUCGGGAGAAAGAAACUGAAGCUGUCACUCGGAAUUUGAAACUGCCUCUAUUCCAGCUGCUUAAAAUCAGAGAGCAUCCUAAGGACUUAAGCCCAGUACUUCCUCUUUGCCUGUUCUGAUUCACUCGCUUGGGCUGCUUCUGCAUGGGAUGGAUUAUUUUUUUGCUGAUGAAGUCUACUAAGUGAAUAUUGCCUCAUGACAAUCAGUCACACACCUAGACAAAAAGAGAAGACAACUGAGAACAGCACACUUUCACUUCCAGCAAAUGCAACCAUCCAAAACAAGAAAGCCCAAGUCCUCUUUUUUCUGCAGCUGAUCAAGGAAGAAAAUAAAGCCCAAAUGAAACCAGAGUACAGCUCUCCUGGAAACUUCAGCAACUGCAGCACCACCAACAGGAUGAAUCAAGUUCUUUUUCCCUUGCUGUACACUUUUAUCUUCCUUGUGGGUAUCAUUAUGAACGGACUGGCCAUGGGAGUCUUUUUCCAAAUAUCCAGCAAGUCAAAUUUUAUCAUCUUUCUCAAGAACACAGUCAUUUCCGACAUUCUCAUGAUCCUAACAUUUCCGUUCAAAAUUCUCAGCGAUGCAAACCUGGUGUCCUGGGAAUUAAGAGGGUUUGUUUGCAAGGUGACGCAGGUAAUAUUUUACUUUACCAUGUACAUCAGCAUUAUUUUCUUGGGCCUUAUAACCAUUGAUCGCUAUUUGAAAACUGCCAGGCCCUUCAAGUCACCCAGCACCAGGAAUUUAUCAGGGGCUAAGAUUCUCUCCGCAGUUAUCUGGAUAUUUAUGUUCUCUCUGUCGCUUCCAAACAUGAUUCUGACAGACAAGAAGCCAACACGUGAGAACGUGAAGAAAUGCGCUGACCUGAAGUCUGACUUUGGGCUACUGUGGCAUGAAAUUGUUAACUAUGUCUGCCAGUUUAUCUUCUGGAUUAAUUUAGUCAUCAUUGUCGUAUGCUACACACUGAUAACGAAAGAACUCUACAAAUCCUAUCAAAGGACAAGACGCACCGGGCAAGCAAACAAAAAGACUGUAAAUAUCAAAGUUUUCAUCAUAAUUGGUGUGUUUUUCAUUUGCUUUGUGCCAUUCCAUUUUGCCAGAAUUCCUUAUACUUUAAGCCAAACAAGGGAUGUUUUUCGGUGCUCCACCCAGAACACACUGUAUUACAUAAAAGAGAGCACCUUAUGGCUGACAUCCCUGAAUGCGUGCCUAGAUCCAUUCAUAUAUUUUGCCCUCUGUAAAUCCUUCAGAAAGUCUCUCCUAAAUGUACUGUGGAAAUGUGCAACCAAAACAAGACGAGAUCAAAGUACAGAAACUACUGACGAUGAAACAACACCAAUGUAGACCAACAAGAAUUCCAUAUAAUACAGCCAAGGCUGUUUAGCACGCUCUUCAAUACACACAUUAGCUUUAGAAGUGAAUCUGUGUUUGUGCUUCUACUGAAAUCAUGAAUCACGUGUAGUCUGUGAUACUAACAACAAGCUGCUGAAUGAGAACAUCUCCUGCCUUUUCCUGUUUAAUAUAGCUACGGGACACUGAAGAAAAAACUGGAUGAGUUGGUAGAAGCGUUUCUAAUACUAAAAGUGCACAAAAUAAAUCGAUAUACAUAAAAACACAGUUGCGUACUCUCCGAAGUCUGGUAAUGUCAUUAGUAGUUACACAUUCCAUGGGCUGCUUCAGAUCCAGUGCCCAAGGUUUUACGGGGAUUCAGCAGCCUGCAAUGGCAAAGUGGGAAGGGCAAUUGUUGACUGCACCCUAAGUCAUUAAAGGUAAAGGUACCCCUGACCGUUAGGUCCAGUUGCGGAUGACUCUGGAGUUGUGUGCUCAUCUUGCUCUAUAGGCCGAGGAAGCUAGCGUUUGUCCGCAGACAGCUUCCGGGUCAUGUGGCCAGCAUGACCAAACAGCUUCUGGAGAACCAGAGCAGCGCACGGAAACGCCGUUUACCUUCCCGCCAGAGUAGUACCUAUUUAUCUACUUGCACUUGAUGUGCUUUUGAACUGCUAGGUGGGCAGGAGCUGGAACCGAACAACGGGCGCUCAGCCCAUCACGGGGAUUCGAACCACCGACCUUCUGAUCAGCAAGCCCUAGGCUCUGUGGUUUAGACCACAGCACCACCCGUGUCCCUACCCUAAGUCACUAAAAUUAUAUAAAUAAGUAAAAUUAAAGGGCCUUUUAGCUUAGCACACAUUUGGGUUUUUUAAUGAUAAUAUUCUGCUUCGUGGUUUU